CCGCAACCCAUUACGAAGAAGAAGGAAAUGGCGGCCGGUAGAGUGGAAUCCUAGGCGAACACGUAAUACCUCAAAUAACUGGUUUCAGAAGAGGAUCGAAACAAUAAAGAAGUCUUUGUCAUCAUUAUCACUGUCACAUUAAAAGUUUCCACAAAAUCAUCAUGAAUUACCAAAAAUUCUACACAAAUGGGAUCCACUCCAGUUCUCUACUUUGUCAGCUGGCCACCAUGUGGAAGUCCCAAACACUGUGUGAUGCCAUCAUCAAAACAGGAAACAUCAAUACAAAGGCACACAGGCUAGUUUUGGUAGCUGCCUGUCCAAUGUUACAAUCCAUGGACAAUGCAUCCAUUGGAUCACACUUAGAAGUUCGCCUGGCAUCUGAAAUCAAGCAGGAUUCUGUUAACAUGUUUCUGCAAUACUUAUAUGAGGGCUUUAUGAUGCUUACUGAGGACAAUCACAAAGACAUUGAAAAAAUCGCCAGACUGUUGCAGGUCGACAGUGUCAUCAAAUGUUGUGCCGACUUUUGUAAGAGUUUACAUGAAAAAACUGGGCUGUCCGUUUAUUCUGCUGGUCAGUAUAAGUACUCGUCACAUGAUAUGUUGGAAUUCAAACACGUUAGGGUAUCAGGGAUUCAAAAGACUGUUCAGGACACAAUGAUGAAACGUCACUCAGAUUUCCAAAGACCAAACAGCCCCGGAUCAAAGAGACCAAGAAUGCACAGACCAGGAAGUCCCUCCGAUGGUCCACGUGGCGAUAAUAUGUAUGGACAUUCUAGUCAUUCCGACUCGGAUCGAGUUCCUAGACUCGGUUUAGGGUCGUUUCCAGGUGCUGCUGGACGUAAUCUCCAGCCAGGUGUAGUUGAAGUGAUAGAGGACAGUCUAGAAUUGGUGCAAACAGAGCCUGUUGAGAGAGACCCUGUUACAGGAAGACCUAUAGAUUCGCGACCACCGGUGCAAAAAACGGUCGCCAUAUCUGUAGCAAGUCAGGUCACUGGUGGUGACCCAGAUCUUCAAAUCGUUAAUGUUUCUGGUAUGAAAGACAGUACAUUAUCUCGUACUCAGAUGUCAACAGCUACACAUACCACAUCUACGCCCAUUGCUCGUGAUUCACGAGGGCCAUCUUCACAUUCCUCAUUUUCAUCUCAACAAUCAUCCCAAUCCAUGAGAAAUGACAUUCCUAUGCCAAGUUCAUCACGAGUUUCAUCCGAUAGAACAAUGCCCCAAAUGCCUCGUUCAGACAUUCAGAGAUCCAUGCAAAAUCAGUUUGAAUUACAGCAGCAACAGCAAAAGCAAUCCACUUCACAGUAUCCAUCUAUUCCACAAGCUCUUAUAGACAUGGAUUUUUCAGCGGCAAAACAAAAAUCCUCUGAUGUGUUCCCAACAAGUCUACAAAAAGCUACAGAUUCUUUCCCAACUAGCUUGCCAAAACCCUCCGAUGUUACGUUUCCAGGGAUGUCAAUGAGCAGUCAGCCAAACAGCACGCAAGUGGCACAGUCAAAACCAUUUGCUGCGGGUAGUGCUGGUCAAGCCAACCAGUCGGUCCCUGUUCAUAUCAACACCUCAUCAUCUUCAAGUAGUCCCAUUACAAGUCUACCUCCUGUCUCCCCCAUCAUUCCAGAUACUUCAUUCAGUCUGUCUGCCUCCUCUCCCAAAACAUCACAACCAUCCACCUCGAGAUCUGAGAGCUUGGAGAGGCCAGGUUCCAGUGAACGUCUGAAGGAGGAAAGGCCUCCACAAGUCGAUUUAGUUGGCCCAGACAUUAGCAUAGUAAAGAUUGAGUCAACAGACAAGGAUGAGACAGGGGCAUUAGAUAUGUAUGUAGACACUGGAGAUGAUGGUGAGGUGCAUCCCCAUGGAAUGGAGGGCGAUGGUGAUCAGACAUAUGAGGGUAGUGACUAUGAUGUCGAAGAACCUCCUGGGGAAAUGGAAGGCUCAAACGAAGGCAGCAACUUAAGUGGAGAUCAAAACGCAUGGUACCUCAAUACAAUGAAAGAGGACGAGAUGGCCAUGCUCAGUCACUACGAUAUGUACCAACAGAGUCUCGCUGUAUCGGUAUCGGACAUCGGCGCCUCCUCGACUGGCCAGAAGUACUUGGUUGGCACACGCAAGCGGACCAUCCGGGACGUCAACUUCAUAAAGGAAUGGUUCAGUGCAAACGGACUGUCUCCUGAUGUUGAGACUAUGGACGAAUCAGUAUUGAAUCGGCAACUCACUCGAUUUUACGCAGAUGCUCGCACUAAAGAGGAAAAACAGUUUACAAAAAGCAGUCUUCUGGGUUUACGAGCCAGCCUUAACCGCUAUCUAUUGUCUCUCCCUCAAGAUCAAAAGGUGUGGCGGUCAAUCCUGAAAAAUCCCUUGUUUUCUUCCUCAAACAGAAUUAUGGCGCAGAAAUCAACCGAGGAGAGACGUCGGGACAAACCACCCAAAAGCAUUCCCAUCUCUGUGAGCGACCUCCGGAAGUUGAUGACAUCCGGUGUGUUGAAUACUGCGUGUCCUCACGGUCUACAGAGAAAAGUGUGGCUGGACCUCGUCAUCCACUUCGGUCUCCGUGGUAAUAAAGCCAUGUGGGCUUUGUCAAAAGAUUCGUUCGUUCUAGAGACAGACGAAAAUGGGAAACAGUACUACCGUCUUAAUCACGAACUUGAAUUUCCAAAACAGGAAAUAUACUCCGAGAUGAAAGACUGGUGUUGGUUUUCACGGCUAUAUGAACUGCCUGAAGAUUCUAACUGUCCAGUUAAAAGUUUGUCAAUGUAUCUCAACAAACUCAGUGAUGCGGGAAAUGAGUUUUUUCAAAGAGUUGUUGACGCUAAGUUUCUGCAGGGAUUAGAGGAGCAGUUACCAUGGUACCGAGGACCGAUGGGACACCAGGUCGUCAUGCGUAUGAUGGCGGAUAUGUCCGCGGAGGCCGAGUUGUCCCAUAAAUACACAAACACGUGUGUCAAGGCAACUAUCAAUAGUCAAGUCUUGCACCAGACAAGACACCUAGACAUCAUGCUCGGCUUCAACCAAGCACAUGCAACAGCAGAAGAAAUGUUUCAGAGAAGCUGUAUGGUUCAUAACGCCAUAUAUGUCAAAAGUCCAGGAUAGGAGGACCUUAUUAGAAAUAAGAAGACAUGCGUGUUACUAUAUAUAGCUAUUCAGAGUUACAGAAAAACUGGGUGGUUUUUCACUCCCCUGUGUUAGCUAUUCAGAAAUAAUAGUCAAUGGUACAGGCACAUCUUAAACAGUUCGGAAUACCCUCUAGAUCUGUGUUUGAUGUUUAGAGGUGGACUCGUCCUUUGUUUUAUUAUAUGAUCGGUCCUGUAUGUGAUGUUGAACUAAUGUAAAUUUACAUUAAAUACGCGAACGCGAAAAUUUCCGUCACGCGUAUUAUUUUGUGACGUACGUGAUAUUUAUGGAACAGGUGAAAAGGAAACAAUCGCGGAUAUAACCCCCACGCGUAUAAUAGUAUACCUAUUUAAAUCGCGAAAUUAACACCCGCGAAAAUAACCCCAUAUGGGUAUAGUUUUUCUAUCUAAAUCACGAAAUUAACCCCAGCGGAAAUAACCACGUUUGCAGUAUGUUUCUUAGAGUGCAAUAUUAGAUAUUUGAUUGUAUAACUGGUAGGUUACACCAUUUAUAUUAUAUUAUUGUUGGUAAGAAAUGCAGGUAUAUACUUAUGCUUUUGUGUUGUAUUGGGCAGAAUGUUUCAUCAUAUUGACUGUAAACAUUGAAAUUGAAAUAAAAAAGUUAAUGUGA